AUAUUGUGAAUGAGUGUACGAUUGGACGGAAACAACAAUCCAUUCAUUCAGUGAUUCAGCUCUUAUUGAAGUGUUAUUUGAAUUGAAGUUUCGGUCAAUUGAUUGUCCAUUAAUUGAGUGCUCAUUACUAACCCGUUAUCACCUAAACUGAGUCAACAGCGAGUAUGAGUGCCAUCGGAACCGGUUACGAUUUGUCGGCGUCUCAGUUCUCACCGGACGGACGUGUCUUUCAAGUGGAAUACGCCCACAAAGCCGUCGAGAACAGCGGGACUGUCAUAGCGUUGAGAGGAAAGGACGGCAUAGUGUUGGCGGCCGAGAAGUUGGUGGCCUCCAAACUGUACGAAUCGGGUGCUAAUAAACGCCUGUUUAAUGUGGACCAACACAUCGGUGUUGCGGUCGCCGGACUUCUGGCCGACGCCAGAGCUAUAGUGGAGAACGCGAGGGAAGAGGCGAAGAACUACCGCUCGGAAUACGGUUCACCCAUUCCUAUCAAAUAUCUGAAAGAGAGGACAGCCAUGUAUUUGCACGCAUACACUAUGUAUAGUGCGCUCAGACCUUUCGGGUGUAGUCUUCUGGUGGCAUCACAUGAUAACAUCGAUGGACCGCAACUCUAUUGUCUCGACCCGUCGGGCCUUUCAUGGGGCUACUACGGGUGCGCUAUAGGAAAGGCCAAACAGGCGGCCAAAACAGAACUCGAAAAGUUAAAACUCAAAGACAUGACCGCAAAACAGUUGAUCAAAGAGGCG